AGACCCUGGCUGUGGAGGAGGAAGCGGCUCAGAGCCUUCUUGAAUUGAAGGAAUGCAUGCGCCUGGGAGGCAAUGAGCUACAGCAUCUGGAAGUCGAGCUCCAGAAGGCCAGCAAGGAAGAUGCCUGUCUGCAGGCCAGCCUCUGUCAGCUGACCACAGAGCUGCAGGAGCUCAGGGAGAUGGAGGCGGAUCUCCAGCAACAGGAGAGAGAAGUGGAUGAGGACACCACCAUCACCAUCCCCUCUGCAGUGUACGUGGCACACCUCUAUCACCAGAUUAGUAAAAUAGAAUGGGAUUAUGAAUGCGAGCCAGGGACGAUCAAGGGCAUCCACCAUGGCCCCACUGUGGCCCUGCCUAUCCACUUGGACAGCGCACAGCUCUCACAGAAGUUCAUCAGCGACUACCUCUGGAGCCUGGUGGACACUGCGUGGUAGCCAGAGCCUUGACCUCUUACCUUGCACAGAACUGGGGAUAUGGGGGCCUAGCGGGGGAUCACUCUAAAAUUAAAAAUCUAUAUGUAAAUGA